AUAGAUCUCUUGUUACCACAAACAUACGCAGAAAUACUAAAACCCAAAUCGACGGGAAGCAAAUCAGUUGUUGUUUCGAACCCCAAUAUGCUCGGUGUUCGUUCUCGUACUUCGAAAAUCCUAGAGAGUGAAUUGCUUCAAAUCCCUUCUCCUAAAUUAGCUGGUCCAAUCUCUGAAUUUGAGCCAAUGGAUUCUGGCAACGAAUUCGAACUUCCACCGCCGUUUACAGAUGCCAACACCAGGAAAUUCUAUAGCAUCAAAGACAUUUAUGAAGGAUUAUAUUUAAACAGUUGUUCAACUGGAAAGAAACAAAGAUUGAUUGCAUCAGAUCUAAAGUAUAUUUUUCUGAUCUAUGGUUCUUUUGUUGGUAAUUAUUUCAAGGAAGGUUUAUCGCCAAUUAACUUAGUAAACUGA